UGAUCAGAGCACUCUUAUUCAACAGACUUAGUAAAGGGGUAAGUUUAAUGUGUCUUAUUUUGAGAAGAAUUUGAUUUAAUCUGAGCUACCUAUCAAACAAGAGCAAAAAAGCUUGAGAAAUUUUGUUAAACCACUUUUGAUUUCUUUUAGUGAUUUUUUUUGUAACUUACAAUAAAGAGCUUCUGUUGAGCAUUUUAAAUUUGGAUAUGUAUUGAUAUUUAUUUGUCUAGGAGUGUCCAAGAUGUCGGCAUACAACCAGCCAACUGCUAAGCGGCAGAAAGUUCGAGAACCGAGAACAGACAAUGUAGAUUAUUUUCAAGGAAUAGAGAAGGUAGAGUACAACAACAUGGCGUCGCCAGCAGAGAGUGGCAGCUACCGGUACUACAACGUGUCGGAGCGCGUGCACUCGCGGCCCAUGGACGACUGGCUCAAGUACAGCGUGUCGCUCACUGACUUCAGGAGCAAUGGUUCCGACGUACACGGUCGUUCAACACACUCCCGACCUUGGGACGACGGCACAGACUCGAUGGACAAUCACAAGCGACACAUCAAGGCUCUGUUCGACCUCUGCGCUAAGCUAGGAGUCAAGUACUGGACGGCCUUCGACUCUGACCUGGUGCCGUACUCGGAGAGCUGGGAAGAGAAUAAGACGCAUUGGGAUGACGUCACCGAGUACAUACAGGAACUUACGCAGAGGUACCAUGUAAAGCUACUGUGGAUAGCUCCGGAUUUGCAUUCACAUCCCAGAUACGUAUCAGGCGCCUUCACAAGCAACGAUGCGUCCACAUUCAUCCAAGCAGCCACACAAAUAAAGAGAUGUCUAGAAGCAGCACAACGUUUGAACGCAGAAUGCUUUCUAAUAUGGCCGUACAGAGAGGGCUACCAUACCCCAUUCCAAACUGACGUCGCUAGAGAAAUAAAACUAUUCGCUAAACUACUGAAACUCACCGCAGAAUACAAAGACAGACUCAAUUAUAGAUGCCAAUUACUAAUAAUGCCGUAUUACAAGUCCUACCAUAACAGAAACUUUUACGGAGGCUGGCAACACCACCAAUGGCGGGAAAGAGAUCUAGUUCACACGUAUAUGUGGGAUGUGACGAGUUGUCUCUACUUGCUAAAGAAUUAUAACUUGGAUCGGUAUUACAAGGUGUCUGUAACGCCUGGACAUCACAUGUAUAUGGCUAACGUAUACAACAUGCUGGGCGGUGUGACAGUAACGAACGAGUGGGACCAUUACGAUAGUAGAACUCUGACCUUGAUGAUGAAGUGUAUUGUGGAUCAGGGUUCAUCGCCACCUGGCGGAAUAAACUUGAAACUAGUACCUCGGCGAGACAGUGACCUGCGCGAGCUGACUACGAUGUACGUGAAGUAUAUCGAUGCUGUGGCCAAAGCACUGAGAAUGGCCUGCACCGUGAUCGCUGAACAAAUAUUGUCCAAACAUUUACAGCAACGCUACUCUACGUACUAUAGUGGAAUCGGGUCUCGGAUCAUCAGUAGCGAUAUCUCUAUGGAGGAAUGUGAAGAAUAUUAUAAAAAGAAUCAACCUCACGGAGAUGUGCCAUCUUCAAAGUACGAACACUUGGACGUGGUGUUCCAGAGACACUUGGAUGCCUGCGAUCAUAUAUGAUAGUUGACAUUUGACAUAGAGGUUAUAAGAGAAGGAUACUUGUACAAACAAUUUAAACUUGAUUUGUUGUCUUGUGCAAUGAUAGCGACUUGAUUUAAAGCAUCUUCGUAUUUCUCUGUUUAUCUUUUCUUCUUCUAUCUUCUGUCCACUUCUUACUUCUUCAACUAGGGCUUUUGUUUUUCAUCUCACUGGUAUAGCGCAAACUAAGGCUUCACCAAACCUCACUUUUGUACUCUUUUUAAUAUAUCAGACAGGAAUAAUGACAAGAUCUUAUUCUACAGAGGCGCUAUCUACAGUGAGUACAUAAUUAUAGUCUAUGGUCAAUAUGCUUCCAUACUUCUUUUUCUUCUUCUUAGUCUAACUCAUCUAUUUCUUCUUUUGGUCUCAAAUCACUUGUAAGUUGAAGGUGUUUUUUAAGUAAACGAAAUAUGGCUAAGACAAGUCUUAACCUUUUGAACGCCAGAGCAAAAACGCAUGAACUUGCCCUCAACGCCAGGCCACAAAUUCACCGCAAAUACCUACGAAAAAAAUAGGGAUUCCAAAACUUCAUCGAUAAUCAAUUUUAUUUUCAUUUUCGUCUUUAAUUUCGAAAUAUAAUGUCCUUAUAACAUUGAAAUUUAAUUCAACAUUACAUUUCUUCCUAUUAAAGUAAUAGUUAUACACUAUUUACAGACUUGUAUAAUACCGUAAUAACAGAUAUGAGACUACAAUAUAUUUAAAUAUAAUAACUGUAGGUACAACACUGCUGUCUUCAUAUUGUGACCAUGGCGUGGACGGCCCGCCAUUUUAAUAACUACUUCGCUUCCGAAAUAAGGAUGUGGCAACGUAAUAUCUCGUUUAUCGAUGUUCUAGUACAAUAUUAUUUUAUAAUAAAUGAAACACGUUUUUUAAAUCAGAUUUAUAAUUCCGAAUGUAACAGGUAC